AAACCACGACGUCACUUCCGCUGGUUUUGUGAGAGUUCCGGAGCGUGGACGCUUCCGUACGAUACAAAGUAUUAUUUAGUCCCGGACAGGCUCGGUUUAGUCCAACAAUUUCGAUCACCUUAAAGUAUUGCGCAAGGCUUCCAGAUGUUCCGGGAACGUAAACAGAACACUUGACACAGUUUUUCAUUAGUUAGCCAAAAACAAAGUGGAAAAGUUGAGGAAAGUGCGCUUACCGGUUGCUUUUGCAGGUUCAUCUUAUAAGGCAUUGGGACCCAAACCAGAAGUGAAAACAAGCAGGACCUUAUGAAACUUCCGCCAUUAAAUGGCUACGCCUGGUGUCGUUUCCACGGAUGGGGCGAGCUCUACCAGUACACCUGGAACACGAAUGAUGCCUUCCUCUGAGAUUCUGAGCAUCUCCGGUUCAUCCCAGACGAACAAAAGGACCAUAGGCCACCGAGGAAUUGACACUACUGGGGAGACCACUUAUAAAAAGACCACAUCAUCUGCCCUGAAAGGCAUCAUUCAGCUGGGCAUCACACACAGUGUGGGAAGCUUGAGCCAGAAGCCAGAGAGAGAUGUGCUCAUGCAGGACUUUGAAGUGGUGGAAAGCAUCUUCUUUCCCAGCCAAGGCAGUAAUUCCACUCCAGGUCAUCAUCAUGGUGACUUCAAGUUUAAAACAUAUGCCCCCAUUGCCUUCCGCUACUUCAGAGAGAUGUUUGGGAUCCGACCCGAUGACUACCUGUACUCUCUUUGUAAUGAUCCGCUUAUCGAGUUGUCUAAUCCUGGAGCAAGCGGUUCUCUUUUCUACGUCUCAAGUGACGAUGAGUUUAUUAUUAAGACGGUGCAACACAAGGAGGCUGAAUUCUUGCAGACACUCCUGCCGGGAUACUUCAUGAACCUGAACCAGAACAUGCGUACACUGCUUCCUAAGUUCUACGGGCUCUACUGUGUUCAGGCCGAGGGGAAAAACAUCCGAAUUGUAGUGAUGAACAACUUGCUUCCCUGUGCUGUGCCCAUGCAUCUUAAAUACGACCUGAAGGGCUCCACAUGUAAGCGUCGUGCUUCGCCCAAAGAGAGAGCUAAGAAUGUGCCUACGUACAAGGACCUAGAUUUCAUGCAGGACUUGUCCGAGGGCAUACUGCUGGAGAGUGACCACUACAGUGCCCUCUGCAGAACAAUACAGAGAGACUGUCGGGUUCUUCAGAGCUUUAAGAUCAUGGAUUACAGUCUUCUAGUGGGUAUCCACAACUUGGAUCGAGCAGGUGAAGAGGCAUCUACUGCAGUGCCUGAUACCCAGAAAAAGGCACAAGGCCAGAAGCCCCUAUACUGUACAGCCAUUGAGUGUAUUCAAGGGGAGGCCAAGGGCAAGACACCACCACAGCCCUACGAAAGCAUGGGAGGAAUUCCAGCAUUCAAUUCAAAAGGAGAAAGAUUGCUGGUUUUCAUUGGCAUCAUUGAUAUCCUGCAGUCUUAUAGGCUUGCUAAGAAGUUGGAGCACUCAUGGAAAGCUCUGCUGCAUGAUGGGGACACUGUAUCUGUGCACCGGCCAAGUUUCUAUGCAGAUCGUUUCCAAAAGUUUAUGUGCACCACUGUGUUCAAGAAGCCCUCAUUGAAAAUGUGUCCCUCAAAGAAAAGUCGAGCGGGGACUCUGUCUGUUGGGAAGAAAGCAAACAUUGCCGUGUCUGGACAGCCACAACAACAUUCCCUUCCUGCAGCAGCAGCACAAACAAGCCUUGAACAAACACAGCCGUCUGCCCAAGUGGCAGGCCAAACACAGCAGACUACAGCACAGCUGUCCAGUAGUGGAGCUGUGUCCCUCAGCUCAGAGACACAAGCAGACACUGGUAUGCAGACAGCUCGCCCUGACCUGCUUCCACAAGAAGUUACUGAAGAUGAGAUUACCAAUACCUCAGUUGAUACAACCUUCACAGCAAGUUCUCCUGUAAGCUCUUGGCCCUCCACAAACACUCCAGCUCUGAGUUUCAGCAGCAGAGCUGCCCAGUCAUCAGGGGAACGUUUGGACGUGGAAGUUGUUUCACUCAGUGAUAUUAUUCCUGAAACAAGCACAUCAGAAUGAUCGAGAGUGGUUCAAAAAGACAAAACAAAGCAAUCAAGGACAAAGAUCGGCUCUCUUCCAAGGACAUUGGAACAGGAAGAAAAUAGUAAGAUAGUAAUGGAGUACACACCUUGGAAAGUGAAAAACAGACAAUCUGGAAAAACAAAUCAUAACAAAAGAGAAAACUGCACACAUUCAUAAGACUGUAAAGACAUGAGGACCCCCCCCAUAUAUAUAUAUUUUGUUUUGGGGGAUGCCAACAGUACAGCAUCCACUAUUGCUGCUAAGAAAUGGAACCAAAAGAUUUCACUGUAGUACUACAACUACAGCUCCGAAGCAGGGACAUAGAAAGCAGUGCUGUAUUUACAAGACCUUCCUGAACUUGAUAAUGUUCACAACAAAAGUAGUUGAUGAGAAUUUUGCAUUAUGCUACUGGAGAACAAACUUUUAAGUACCUCUGUGAGAGAUUUGGUAGUGGACGUCAUUUAACCAUGCAGCUCAGUGCUGUUUGUUCGCCCUUAUUUUGCUAAGGAGACCAAUGUGUGCCCAAUCUGUUGGAAUCACUUAUUUACUUUGCUAAUAGGAAAAGAAAACAAGUUUUUUUUUACAGAUAUGUUGGAAAUAUAGCAUGAUUAUCUUUAAGAAACAAACUGUAGGAUGAAUCCAUCCACAUCGCCUGACCAAUCAUGUGUGUGACUAUUUAAAACUUAAAAUCUGUAAAAAGCGUUAGAGUUGGUUGUAGAAAUAAAAUGCAGUACUGUAUUUUUGAAGGACUUCCUUAACUGCAAGAGUAAUUUGGCCUGUAAUUAAAACAGAAUACCUUAUACUAAGCACAAUGCCUGUUAGUAGAUUUCGCAGAAUUGCAUGAACUUUUAAAAGUAGAGUUCACCAAAAAUGACUGUUCUCUCAUCAUUUACUCAUGCCAUAAUCAGAUGUGUAUGACUUGUCAUAUGACUUCUGCUGAAAACAAAUAUUUUUAGAAGAAUAUUUCAGCUCAGUAGGUCCUCAAAAUACAAGUGAAUAGCUGCCAAAUAUUUGAAGCUCCAGAAAACACACAAAGGCAGCAUAAAAUAAUCCAUAAAACUAUGAUAGGUGUAGGUGAGAACACUACUGUACUAUAAAUUCUCCUCCCUGCCCAGUAGGUGGCGAUGUGGAUGAAUAAUGUGAAUCAGCAAAAACACAAGAAGAAUGUGAAAGUGGAGAAUGAUUGAAGAAGUACACGGUUACUUGAAUAUUGUGAAUAAAAUCACCCACACUUAUUAUAUGACUUCUGAAGACAUGGAUUUAACCACUGGAGUCAUAUGGAUUACUUUAAUGUGCUUUUGGAGCUUCAAAAUGUUGGAUUCCAAUCACUUGUUUGGACCUACAGUGCUGAGAUAUUCUGCUAAAAGUCUUUGUGUUCUGCAGAAGAAAGAAAAUCAUACACAUCUGGGAUGGCAUAUCUCCCAUGAGAUGAGAGAUGGGAUGAGAGAAUUUUCAACUAUCCCUCAAGUACAAAAACUCAAUACACGACUACAGCGACUCUUAAAUGUCCAUCUGCCAUGUGUGACUGAUAUAUUAACACACAAUUUAUUAUUUAUUCUAUUUUUUUUUUUUUUUUUACCCGUUUACACCAUUAAUUCCAAAGAUAUAUAUGAAAUUCACUUGUAAAUUUGACAUUAUUUGCAAAAAAAGAAAGAAAACCAAGAGAGCACAUGUGGUUAUUAUCCCUUUUGUAUUAAAGGUAAAAAUGUAAUAUGACCUAUAAAAGACCAAAUUCAGUAUUUUGGGUUGUGGGACUAAGGGUUUUUAGAUGAGUUUUUGUUUAGCUUUGCAUUUAAGAUUAUGUUUUUAAGGGCACAAUGAGAUUUCAUACCUGGCAGACUAUCUACUGUAAAAUGUAUAACAUCUAGCAUCUAUUCUGUCUUUAAGUAUCUUUUUAUAAGAUUAAGAAGUUUACAUGCACUGUGUAGUACAGGAACUUCUCUUGAGGCCUCAGUUAUGUGGAGAGAAUUUAAAUCAAACUAAAGCCUGAACCAAAGUACAAUAUUUGUAUUUAAAUAUAUGCAUUCAGUUGUGAAAACAUCAGCCAAAAUUUAGCAAAACAUUGGUAAUGAUGCAAAUAUUUUUUAAUAUGAAUAAGUAGUUGAGUACGAGCACAUUUCUGUUUUGUGACCAUUUUUAUAAACCUAAUUAAGUGAAAAGAAAACAUUCCUGUACAGUCAUAUUUAUUUGUAUGUUUGCAUGUAAUUUAUUUCUUUUUUCCUCUAGUUCUGAAAUUUCUAUAGUGGGUUUUUAUGCCACAAGGUAUGUCAAUUCUGACACCUGGUGGCUUUAUAAAUUUGGUGUUCCACUAAAGUAGUAGAAGGUUGGGAAGGUGUCUCAGUUUCUUAAUGUACACUCAAUAUCUGGGAUUUUUGUGCAAUUGCUGUUUACUCUGAAAUGCUGCAUUCAUCUUUAUUGUCUUAUCAAACUAUGAAUUGUUGGAAGUAGUAGCUUUAAAUUAAACUACUCUCCACUCUUUAUUAAGAGAUUUAUGGUCUCAUUCUUAUUGUUAUUUUCUGCAACAUUUCAUGCUGUAUGCAAAUAAAUUAAACAAA